CAUUCGCGUCUCUUUCAGUAGUAGACGAGAUAUCACAUCCUUCAAUAGCAGCUUGCUUGUAAUAUCCUAGCUACUAUAGCUUUCUAAGAUCGAUCUUAUUGGGUACGUGAAUAUACAAGGAUUAAGGAGGAGAGCUAGCUAGCUUAUUAGGUGAGAUCAUAUAUAUAUAAUAAGCUGAAGAUUUAAGUAGCAGCAGUGCACAUCAUGGCGAUGCCGACGUCGACGUCAACCUGCAAGCAGGCCACGCUACUCAUGGCGUUCGUCGUGGCUGCUGCCCUGAGCACGGCGACGACGUCGUCGGCACAGUCGCCGCUGCAGUACAACUUCUACGGCACAUCGUGCCCGCUGGCGGAGGCCACGGUGCGCAACGUCACCGCUGGGAUCAUCGCCAACGACCCCACCAUGGGCGCCGCCUUCAUGCGCCUCUUCUUCCAUGACUGCUUCGUCAGGGGCUGCGACGCCUCGAUCCUGAUCGACCCGACGAGCAGCAACACGCAGGUGGAGAAGAAGGCGAUCGCGCUGCGCGGGUACGCCGCCGUGAACACGAUCAAGGCGGCCGUGGAGGCGGUGUGCCCCGGCGUGGUCUCCUGCGCCGACAUCCUGGCCUUCGCGGCGCGGGACACGGCGGUCGUCUCCGGCGGCUUCCCCACCUUCGACAUGCCCUCCGGCCGCCGCGACGGGACGGUGUCCAGCUUCAUCGAGGUGCUGCAGAACAUCCCGUCCCCGACCUUCAAGCUCCAGGACCUCAUCAACAACUUCGCCAAGAAGGGCCUCAACGUCGACGACCUCGUCAUUCUCUCCGGCGCGCACUCCUUCGGCCAGGCGCACUGCUCCUUCUGCAACGGCCGGCUGUACCCUACCGUCGACCCCACCAUGGACGGCACCUACGCCGCCGGGUUGAAGACGGUGUGCCCGGCGCCGGGCAGCGGCGGCGGCGACCCGGUGAUCGACAACAACCGGGUGACGGACCCCAACGUGCUCAGCAACCAGUACUACAGCAACCUGAUGGCGGGGAAGGUGCUCUUCGUGUCGGACCAGCAGCUCAUGAACACAAGCUACACGGCGGCCAAGGUGGCCAACAGCUCCGCUGACGCUGCCACGUGGAUGAGCCAGUUCCAAACGGCGCUGGUGAAGAUGGGCAGCAUCCAGGUGCUCACCGGGACGGCCGGCCAGGUCAGGAAGUACUGCAAUGUCGUCAACAGCAGCUAACGGAUCGGCCGGCUCACUAGCCUGUUGUUCGAAUAUUGGUUCUAGAAAUAGAACACAAUUCCUCUGUAGCUGGCUACAAAAUAACUUAUUUUGUAACCAUUUUGAGUUACGAUAAUUACUAUAUUAAUUUACAAGAUUAUAGUAACUCCUUACUAAAUGGUUUACUAUAACAUUACGGUAAAUA